AUGUCUUUGCUCUUUCUCAUUAUCUAUUUGGACAAUUAUCUACAAAAACUCUCACUCUUUGGUCCACUCUCAAUUUCCUCACUUUUUUGUUGUGAAAACUAUUGA